AAAAUGCAAGAAUUUACAGAUACACCGGUCCUUCAAAUUUUUCUAUUAUCUUUUUGUUUGUUGGGCUGGUGUGCAAGUUAAAAAUCCAAUUUCAGUUAAUUCAAAAGCCCACCAUAGAAAAGUUGUGAGUUUUGGCAGCAGGCCCAAUAAAUAUGGUCAAAAACUCGAAAUAUUGAUUAGUUGAAACUCUAAACCGACCAAAAAACUACUACUACUUUCUUGCAAGAAAAAUUGGAAGUUUGUAAUUAGCAAAUGGCCUCAGAAAAUGGUGAUAAAUGGAGCAAAACAGCUGUUGUUGUCAUAGACAUGCAGAAAGAUUUUAUAGAAGCAGGUGCUCCUAUGCUUGUUAAAGGAGGUGAAGCUAUUGUUCCAAACGUUAUCAAGACUGUUGAGGUUGCAAGAAACCGUGGCAUCCCCAUUAUUUGGGUUGUCCGCGAGCAUGACCCAUUAGGUAGAGAUGUUGAAUUGUUUCGUAGGCAUUUAUACGGUGAUGGGAAACCAAAACCCACAUCAAAGGGUGCUGUGGGAGCAGAACUGGUUGAUGGGCUUGUUAUUCAGGAAGGUGAUUACAAAUUGGUGAAAACUCGCUUCAGUGCAUUCUUUAACACGAACCUUCAUUCAUAUCUUCAGGGCAUUGGCGUUACCAACUUGGUCAUUAUUGGUGUUCAAACUCCAAAUUGCAUACGGCAGACUGUGUUUGAUGCGGUAGCAUUGGACUAUCAACGUGUGACAGUCAUUAUAGAUGCCACAGCUGCUGCUACUCCUGAUAUACACAUUGCGAACAUAUUUGACAUGAAGAAUGUAGGCGUGGCGACCCAUACGUUAGAAGAAUGGUGCCAGUCUUAAGGAGAAAUAGAACUGGUAGCUAAAUGAAGGUGCAAAGAUAUCUUCCACAUGUUAUUGUAAGCUUAGAUGUAAUAGAAAUAAUAUGCGACAUGGUCAGACAUGAUUUCUAUAUUCAUCUGUUGGAUUCAAUCUGUUUGACUGUUUAUUAUUUUCCUUUGCACAUAGGCUGUAUGUUCCUCUAUUCUUAUCCUUCCAAUAUAUCAAAAUUUUCAUUUACAGGGUAA